AUGUCUUUGAAGUAUAUCGACAACGCAAAGAAAAUCUUGUGUAUUGGCCGCAACUAUGCUGCUCACAUCAAAGAGUUGAACAAUGCUGCACCCAUGCAGCCAUUCUUCUUCUUGAAGCCUUCGUCGUCGGUGUUGCGACCAAACUCCGGACCAUUUUUGGUUCCCAGCGGAGUGGUGGCCCAUUACGAAGUAGAAUUGGCUAUCAUCUUGAACAAAACCUUGAAGAACUUGCCAGAAUCGUUCUCGCCUCUGGAGGCCUUGGACGCAAUUGAUGGUUAUGCACUCGCCAUUGACUUCACGGCCAGAAAUGUCCAGGACGAAGCCAAAAAGAAGGGUUUGCCUUGGAGUAUUGGUAAAGGUUUUGAUACGUUCUUACCAUUGUCUAACUUCAUCGAAAAGUCCAAGAUCGCUGACCCAUAUAAUGUAAGAUUACAGUUGUCUGUCAAUGGUGAAACCAAACAGGACGACAUGACUAACUUGAUGCUCUUCCCUAUCCACAAGAUCUUGAGUCACAUGUCAUCCAUCAUGACUUUAGAGAAGGGUGAUUUGAUCUUGACCGGUACUCCCAAGGGUGUUGGCGCAGUAAAGCCAGGUGACCACAUCACUGCCAGCUUGAGCGUUGGAGAUGAGGUAAUUGAAUCGUUGGACUUCAACGCCGAACAGAAGCCUGGACCUUAUGUUUACAAGGAAACCUAA